AUGUCACAAGCGGCUCCUCUCCGCGAGGAUAUCCAUCCCAUCUUUCGAACCACCAAUGCAAGCCCUAACCGGCUGGUGCAUCUGAUUCCAGAUGAGUUGGCAAGUGCAGUACCUGACCAUCCACUCUUCGCGUACCCGAAGACGGCCAAACCCCAGGAUGGCUUCGUGGAUGUAUCCUGCAAAACAUUCGCAGAUGCGGUCAACCGAGUGAGCUGGUACCUGAGGUACCUCUUGGGGCCUCCGAAGAAUUUUGAGACAAUUGGGUAUAUGGGCCCUAGUGAGUUCUUGCUUGUCAUGUCGCCUUUUGCUCAUUCUGACUCGCAAGUUGAAAGGUGA